GUGAUGGCCAUGAUGCUCUUCCCUGUGCAGCUGCUGGUAGUGGCUGUCACCAUUUACCUAGAGCUGGUGAGGUCUGCUCAAGGCGGGGUCUACUAUGGGAUCAAGCAGCUGCCACCCCAGGUGCCCCAGUAUCAACCCCUCGGACAACAAGUACCUCGCAUGCCGCUGGGCAAAGAAGGCAUCCCGAUGCAGCACAUGGGCAAGGAAGUGCCCCACAUGCAUUACUGGAAAGAGUACCCCUAUCUGCCUCAGUACAUGAAGGAGGUCCCGCAGAUGCCCCUGCUCGGCAAGGACAUGGCUCCCAAGAAAGAGAAAGAAGUGCCCGUGCGCAGUCUUAGGGGCGAGCAAGGUCCCCCCGGUGAGCCGGGACCAAGAGGGCCGCCGGGGCCACCAGGAUUACCAGGUCAUGGUGUGCCAGGAGCCAAAGGAAAACCAGGCCCACAAGGAUAUCCAGGAAUUGGGAAGCCAGGUUUGCCGGGGAUGCCUGGGAAACCGGGGGUCAUGGGACCCCCGGGGCCAAGAGGGGAGAUGGGGCCAAAGGGGGAGGUCGGGCCCAUGGGGAUACCAGGGCCACAAGGACCACCAGGGCCUCAUGGGCUUCCUGGCAUAGGAAAAGCAGGUGCUCCAGGGCUGCAGGGACAGCCAGGGCCGAAGGGUGAGCCUGGGAUGAAGGGGCCCCCGGGAGCCCCUGGGAUCCCAGGGCCAAAAGGGGAGAAGGGCGUCGGCAUCCCGGGUUUGCCGGGACUGAAGGGUCCGCCCGGACUGCCUGGCCCCCCUG